ACAGUUCAAGAGCUGCGAAAGUGUCCAUCCUUUUUUCAAAGAAGAAAGUUUUACACAAUUUAGGAAGACAGUCGAUUAUCUUGUGCGCCGCAUCCCGGUUAGCAUAGCACGCUAGCUAAUGUUAGCAUCAGAUGCAAAAUGGAAAACCAAACUGGAAGAUCACAGGCAGAGAGUUCGAGGUGAUCACGGGGUUGAAAAUGUGGACAUUGCAAGGUGCAUGUUUACGGUUCGAGGUACUGGACGUGACAGUUACAUUGCUGGGAAAAGUGUUCAUAACCAGAGAAUUGAAUGCCUAUGGAGAGAUGUUUGGAGUGUGACUUCAAAAUAUUACAACAUGCUCUACAGUUUGGAGGAAGAGGGUCUCAUUGACCUGUCGGUCCAUCUGUUCUGUGUGGGCUAUGUCUUUAUACCACGACUACGAAAAGAUCUGCAGGUUUUCGAGGAGAGUUGGAAUUCUCAUCCCUUGAGGACAGAGAGAAACCUAACACCCAAUCAACUGUGGAUGAUCGGUAUGCUGCAGGAACCAGUGUCAGAACCAGAUCUGACAGAGAUUUUUAUUUAUUUUCCCUGGUAUUUUUUUGUGAGUAAUCUGUCAAAGCAGAUUCAGCAUGCUGAGGAGCGGCUGUCCCAAGAACAGCAAAGUGAAGAAGUUGAACAUGGGGUCAAUGUGCCUGUUCUUCAGUGUCUGCUGUCAGCUGAAAAAGUGCAUGCACUCCAACAAUUAAACCCUUUGGCAGAAGCAAAUGUUUGUGUGCCUGCCCAGUCAUCCACUGCAUCACCACUGGAACAGUUAGUCUGUGUCUCCUCAUUCUCUGCUGGUUGUGUAUCUAAGAAAAGAAGAAGAAAACUGUUAUUUCAUCAUUAAAGUAUUUAGUUCAAGUAGGAUUAAAACUUAAGCUCAAUCUGCAAGUAAUAGGGGAGGAAUUUCCAUUAUUCUUUAAAUUACAUCUUCUCAGCAGUUACAAACUUUAAAUAUUCAUAAUGUUAAUGAUUAUAUUUUUGUAAUGAUUAUAUUUCUGUGGGUUCAACACAUCUUGUGUUACAUUAAUGUAGAUUCAAAAGCAAUUUAAAUUCCUAACUAAAAAUAUAUAAGUAUUCAUUCUUCUUGGCAUUGUUUGAUUACAACCUGAGUAAGCCAUAGAGUUCAUAGAACUGUAUUUUAUGACUAGAAAAAAGCCUUUAUUUACAGACAAAAACAAGAAGGCUUAUCUUGAGUUUACCAAAACGCAUGUAGGAGACUCCCCAAAAGCAUGGAGGACGGCGUUUUGGUCAGAUGAGGCCAAAAUUGAACUUUCAUUAAUACGCUGAAGGAAACGUGGAGCGCAGCGCUGGUGGUGUAGGGGUUAGCGCGCGACCACAUAUGGAGGCUAUAGUCCUCGAAGCGGUUGUCCCGAGUUUGAGUCCUGGACCCAGCGACCUUUGCUGGACCCCCUCUCUUUGCCCCUCCUUCCUGUCUGCCUACUAUCAAAAUAAAGGCCUCUAGUGCCAAACGAAAUUCUUAAAAAAAAAAAAGGAGACUUGGGGUUAUUGUGCCUUGACCACAUUGACAUGCGACAAAGGGAAGCUGGAAUCGAACUGAACAAUUUACAAACCUGUUCUACAAAAAACUACCCCUUGCUGUUGGUGACUGUGGCUAUACUACUUCGCCACAGUCACCAACAGUUCGUUUGUGCAACUAUUUACAUACCUUCAAGUUCGUACAAGAAAUCUUGGAAGUACUCCAAGAUUUUGGUCUCCUUUGCUUGUUUUAUUGAACCCUGUGGACUCAAUUCUGGGGCGAUGUGUGACAAUAUGUAAUUUGAGUCAACCUAGGAAAAGAAGCAACUUAGAACAUUAAACAUUUAUAGAUAGCUUUAUGGAUCUAAAUAACAGAUCAACAAAAUGAACUAAAUUCAGUGUACCUUGUCAUCUUGUCCAACAACAAAUAGACUCAUCUGUCUUUCUCUCCAUUACAUUAAUAAAGUUGUCAACUCCAA